CAAAAGCAAAGUGUGCGUUAUUUUGCACAGAAUAGUCAGGGCAGAAAUUUUCUGCGCUGCCAGUGGCGAAGGGAGAGUGUCGUAGGUUGCAAGGAGAGGGCCGCGGUUGCUGCACGACGUCAAACAGUCACAAAGCGAAGCAAAGCAAAGCGAGGCGAAGCAAAGCAAAGCAAGCGUCGUGUGUGUGCCGGAGCACCACAACCACAACCGCAACAAAGAACACCAACAACACCACGCACAUCGCAGGGACUGAGCGAUUCGUGACCAUCUUCCCAAACAAGAGCUCCAAACCAGCCAGGAUGGCAAUGGUCACUCCAGUCGUGGAGAAGGACAAGCACAUGGUCCCUCCACAGGACCUUGUGCAGCCCAGCACAAGCACAGAUCAGGGACGCGAGCAGCAGCGCGAUGAUGACCUGGCUCGCAUGCUGAAGCUGCGCAUGACGGAUCCAGAACUGCAGGCCACGGCGCAGCCACUGUCCGACCAGAUUACCGACAGCGUUGUCGACAUGGUCACUCUUGCAGCACCGUGGUACCACGGUCGUAGACCAAGGCACUCGGUCAACUUUGCGCUGACGCCGGAAACGAAGGAGGCCGGCUCGUUUGCCAUUCGCAAAGUCGGCGACGCUGUCCACGACGGAUUCCAGCUCCACCUCAAGACGGAUGAAGCCAUAUUGGAGCGCCACAUUGAGGUGACGGCAAACGAGACUGUUCGCCUCGAGGGAACAACGGCCGAAUACGAAACACUCUCCCAGCUCGUCGCAGCAUACAGUGACGGCAGUGAGAGCGAGGGGGCGUUGCCUUUCCCGCUGCUCAACCCCGUGCGGAUGCGCGCGAACACGUUUGGCAACACAGACGCGUCCACCGCCGGCCCCGCCCCCGACGACGACGGCAUCACGCACGCUGCGGACGGGGAGCCGUGGAAGAUUGCAGACGUGUGCGAUUGGCUCGAAGACCUUGGCCUCAGCAAAUACACGCCUGCCUUCCGUGAUCGUGGCAUUGAUGGCGUGCGUCUGCUGAACAUCGACCAUCUUGACCUGCAGCAGAUGGGGGUCGACCCCCACGACGCCCGCGCAAUCAUGCGCAACGUCGCUGCCCUCAAGGCACAGACGGUUGAGGUGUCGAGUGAGACGCCGAGUUGGGUCCGCCGCACGCUCGUCGUCAAGGAACUCGAUGGGGAGCUGCGACUGUUUGACGCUGCGAGCGGGGAAGAGGUGUACCAGCUCGCACACGAGAUUGCUCGACAACUGAACUUUGCACCCCCGUCCUCAGCCACCACAAUCAAAUCCUCCAUCGCCGAUGAUGAAGAUGACGAGACUGAGUUUGCCUGGGUUGGCGACACCAAGGGGUGGGUGCGGCGCGGGAACUCCGGCCGCAAGCUGUACGAGGGCGACUGGAGCGUGGACGACAUGUGCGCGUGGCUGCAGCACGUCAACCUGGACGUGUGCGUGCCCAUCUUCAAGCAGCGGCGCCUCACGCCCUCGCGGUUCAAGGCGCUUGACCCGGAGCAGCAGGCGGCCAUUGGGGAGGAGAGUGGUGUCGGCAAUGCCCUCGUGGAGGCGUGGCGCCUCUUCAACCUCCGCGUGUUUGCGAACAUGACGGCUGCCCGCCCAAACGGCAGCGCGCACCAAGCACCGUCCGCCUUUCCGGGCAUGCCGUUUGUGGACGAGUUUGCUCGCGUGUCGCCAUGGUGCCGCAUCGAUGAACCGAGCGACAAGGUGGCUGCGAGUCUGAUGGACUACGCCCCUGCUGGCGGCUUUGCUGUCGUGCGCCAUCCAGAAGAUGAUGACACGCUCCAGCUCCUGGUCGUUGUGCCGCCGUUUGGCCUCACCCCGUACAACAUCCUCGUCGAUGAUGACCGUGUGCGGCUCGAGAGCACGCGCUACCUGUGCCGCGACCUGAGCGAACUCGUGCACAUCUUCGCCAGCGACAACGACGAGAAGGCGUGGUUGCUCAACCUCGAGACGCCGACAGAUGAUUACCUCUCCCGCCCCUGGUUCAGCGACACGCUCACGCCCGACACCGCCGCCGCGCUGGUGGAGAACCAGCAUGUCGGGUCGUUUGUCGUCUUUCCAUCGCAGUUUGAGGACGUCUUCACCCUCGUCUACGUCUCAACCGAGGGUGUGGUUGAGAAGAACAUCCUGAGCCGCAAUGAGGGCUACCAGCUCGAAGGCGGCUCCCAUCAAGUCUUCCCAACGCUGACGGAUCUGGUGAACCACUACACGUUUGUGCGCAUGAACGACCUCGGCACCAUGCUCCUCCAGGACCCGGCAGACUUUCAGGCAACACAUCGCCACGAGCAUGCGCCGUGGUUCCGCCCGCUGAUGACGCGGCAGGAUGCGGAGGCCGUGCUCGCGGGCCUCGCCGAUGGCGCAUUUGUCGUCAGGAAGUGCGAGCACAACAACGCCACAUUCGCCCUCUCGUACAUCUUCGAUGGCCAGGUGCGGCACCGCCUGAUUGACCAGGACUCUGAGGGCAUCACAUUCUUCAGGGAGAGCACCCGCGCAUUCAAGUCCCUCUACGAACUCGUGGCUGCGUACAGUGCGGAUCACCUUGACGACAUCCCGUGCCGUCUGCUUAACCACAUUGAGGCUGCGCAGCCCCCGCUCUCCGCAGCGUCCCAGCAGCAGCAGGAGGCAACGUUUGCACCCGACACCACCCCUGCCGCCGCCACCACCGCCCAGCCAGCCCCACUCGACCCCAUCUAUGGACAUGGAUCGUUCCCCUGGCUGCAGCUGAGUCCUGUCACGAAGGCGCAGGCGCUCGCCUCGCUCGCCGGCAAGCCGGACGGUGCUUUUGUUGUCCGGUCCAGCGAACGCGCGCCCACAUUCCUGUCGCUGAGCUAUGUGUUUGGCGACCACAUCUACCACGAGCUGAUUGGCCUGCUCAACGCGGAGACGGACGGCGAUUCCGGCGUGUAUCUCCUCAGCGUCCCCGAUCGCAUCUUCGAGACCAUCUACGACCUCGUCACAUACUACAAGCUGAACGCUGGUGAGCUGCACUGCCCACUCGUGGAAACAGACACUGCCCCUGCCCCAGCUUUCAUUCGCGAGCGGGCUGCGUGGCUGGUGCUCGGGCUGCCCCGUGAUGAGGCCGUGUCGCUGCUCGAAGGAAAACCAACCGGGACAUUCAUCAUCCGCGAGAGCCAGUCGUCCUCUGCACACCUCGUGCUGUGUCUGGUUGAUCCCACCAACACGAUUGUGCAGGAGUACAUUGAGAUGGGCGACCACGGCGUGUAUCUGGAGAAGAAUCCCGAUGCGUGCUUCCCCACCCUCCACGGCCUCGUGCAACACUACUCGCAGCCGCAGCCCGAGCUGCCAUGCCCGCUCGUGGUGUACGACACGCCACUGUGGGCGGCAUCAACGCGUUCCCUCUCGGACACGUUCGUCUCUGCGCGCCCGCGGCAGGAGGAGCGACUGACGCUCGAAUCGCAACACGCAGCAUCCAUGCGCGCACGCACCCGCCCCGAGCUCUUCCGGGACGACGAUGCGCGGUUCUUCGUGCAGCACGCCGACGACCGCUCUGCAGAGCUGACGGCGAUGCGCUCCGACCGCACACUCAAGUGGCGGUCCUUCACAGACAACACGCUGCCACUGGUCGGAACGGUUCAGAGCUCGCGGGAGAUGCGACGUCACCAACAGCAGCAACAACAGCAGCGGCACCAGAAGCACACGCACCGCCGCACGCGCCAGCACCACGCCAACGGCAGCCGCACCUUCGACGACAACCUGUUUGGCAACCGCGAGGAUGCUGUGAAGCGAACCUGCCGCCAACUCGGCCUCUACACAGACCCGACAAGCCAAUCGUGGAUGUGCAUCAAGCAGCCAUUGGCGGACGUGCGGCAUCUACUGAGACACCAGGGUGACUUUGUGGUGCACAAGUCAGCGCACGGCAAUUACGCGUGCCUGACAAUGCAGCACGAAGGGAACGCCGUGUCGUUUGAGAUGGUGCGCCGCAACGGCGGGCUUGGGCUCCUCGACUCGCGCGAAACCUUUGAUCGCCUCACCCGCCUGAUCGAGCACUACGUCCACCCGGCGCAGACAGACCUGCCGGCCUCUCUCGGUCCAAACUCCAUGUGAUGCUGUGACGGCAUGGGCGUGACUGUGACUAUCAAACCGUCGUGUGCUGAACCGACGUGGUUGCCCGCCCGUAUCGUUGCUUGUGUGACGUGGCGGUGUGAGUUUUUGUGUUGAGGUGGCUCUUGCGUGACACUGUGUGACAUAACUCUGUGUGUGUGUGUGCGUGUGUGUGUGCGUGUGUGUGUGUGUGUGUGUGUGUGU